AUUUGAAAGAACUUUCAGAAGCUGUUACCUAUAACAUUGUGGCUAUUCAAUUUCUUGGGUGUGUUUUAAACUCGUAAGAAGAGGAUCCAAAGAAAGCCAUUUGAGAUGGGAAGGCCAAAAAAGUAUAAAGAUGAUGAAGAAAGAAGAAGAGAGAGAGCAAGGAGGGAAAAGGAACGACGGGCUCAAGAAUCUCUUGAGCAAAGAGAGGACAGGCUAAGAAAAAUGUUGCAAUAUGUGAAGAUUAAAAGAGCUGCAGAAUCAGAAGAGCAAAGACUUGAGAGGCUGAGGAGGAUGUCUCAAAAUGAACGAGAUCGAAGAGCUGCAGAAUCAGAAGAGAAAAGAUUUGAGAGGCUGUGGAGGAUGUCUCAAAAUGAACGUGAUCGGAGAGCUACAGAAUCGGAAGAGCAAAGACUUGAGAGACUGAGGAAGAUGUCUCAAAAUCAACGUGAUCGGAGAGCUGCAGAAUCGGAAGAGCAAAGACUUGAGAGGCUGAGGAAGAUGUCUCAACAUCAACGUAAUCGGAGAGCUGCAAAAUCAGAAGAACAAAGAAUUCACCAGCUAGAGUUACAGGCUCCAAGCAAGGAAAGUGUUACAACCACAACCAGUUGUCAUAAGUUAUAUGAGGAAACACACCAUGAUGGUGUUUUAUCACCCAAGCCAUCUUUUUCAAAAGCUAAGCCUUCCAGGAAACGUAAAAAGAAAACAGCUCAGAAAAAUCAAAAGGAUUUACUUCAGGAUUUGACAGCAGCCACAAAACAAAAAUGCUUUCUUAAUAUGAAACCUGAAAGUUCGAGUUCAUCAUCUGAUGACUGUGUAUCUACAGUAAACACGUUGUCAUCUUUGGUUGAUAAACCUUCCAAUCAGGAGAAAGUCAAUGAUGUCCCUAAGGUGGUUUUGUUGCCUGCCAGUCAGGUACAAGAGGACUUUCUAUCCGUGAGACAUGGUGAAAACCUUAAAGACAAAAAUGAACAUUUAAGCUUUGAAUCAAAAAGCACUAAUUUAAAACUGAAAAGUUUACCAAAGAGACAGGAAGAAAAGUCUGAAGAAUAUGAGUAUCAUAAUGUUUGCAAAGAAGCCUCCACAGAUUCUUUUACUUACGUUGAAAAUACUGACAAGUUGAUGGCAUUUCCCUCAGCAGAUGUUUUGUUACUUGAAGAUGGAACCUCUGAAAUUCCUUGUAAACGUUUAAAAGUUGAGUCUUUCAUUGAAGAUGAGAUCUCUGAAAUUCCUUGUGACAGUGUAAAAGUCGAGUCUUCCACUGAAGGUGAAAUCUGUGAAAUUCCUUGUAGAAGUUUAAAAGUUGAGACUGUCUCUGAAGAUGAAAUCUGUGAAAUUCCUUGUAAAAAUUUAAAAGUUGAGACUCUCACAGAAGAAGAACCUUCUGAAAUUUCUUGUAAAAAUUUAAAAGUUGAGUCUCUCUCUGAAGAUGAAAUCUGUGAAAUUCCUUGUAAAAUUUUAAAAGUUGAGACACUCACUGAAGAAGAACCCUCAGAAAUCCCUUGUAAAAUUUUAAAGGUUGAGACUCUCACUGAUCCAACAGCUGUUGAACUUUGGUGUGAUCCACCUGAAGAAGUUAAAGAGGAUACAGUUUUAAGAUCAACUUUUACAGAAACAACACAUCAUCAUUCUAAAGAUCAAAAAUUUAAUAUGGGGGUGGCAAAUGAUGAUUCUAUGGUUACCAAAGGCCUAAACAUAAAAUCUUCAACCCAGGAAUGGACUAAGGUAGUAUCCUGUGAUGGAAAAACCCAACCUCAUCUCCCAUCUGAAUGUCUAAAUUCAGUAACAUUUAUGGAUAAUCCUUUAGAAGGUUUGGGUGCAGAAGUUGUGUUGAUAACUAACAAUGAUAAUACAAAUAUAGGUAAAACUGAUCAAUUACAGACAAAGACUGCUACUUGUGUUGACUCGCAUGGAGAUGGAAUACCCUCUCUUAUGAUGUCCUUUCCUCCAGAAACCAUACCAUUGAACAGACUCCAUGCAGUGGAAGAGAGUCAGAAUACUGGUGAAGUGGGUGAAAGAAGUUCAUAUGUGGAAGUUAAAAAGGAAACUAGGACAAGACAUCAGGCAGACAGAGUUUAUAAUAAAGAUUGGCAAGGUCACUCACUAAUUAAUGAUCACAGUUACACCAAAACUUCAAUAAGAACACUUUUACCAACCCUAGACUCUAGCACUAGUACAAGUUCAAAAGAUUCAACCAAUACCGAGGCUUCUCCUUUUAUGAAGGUUGUCACUCAAGAUGGAAAGGUUAUUGUUGUUUUUCAACAUGAUGCUUCUGCGAAACAGACUGACCUAACCUCAUUAAUGCCUUUGAUAGGGAAAGGACAAAUUAUAUCUUCAGAACAGCCUGUAAUCACAAAUGUAAAUGCUGUAAAAGCUGAACAUGAUCACUGGAAGCAACCUACCACAUGUAAACCAUUACGUACUGAAGACACCUCAGCCUCUCACUUGACUCCAGAAGUUCCUGUUUCCCAGAUGAAAUGUUCAUCAGGUACUGAAAGAGAUGAAGAAAAAAGCAAAGAUCUAAAAACCAAAGACUUUUUGAUCUUAAAUAAAGAAAUAUACGUUAAUUUUAGAAACUCUUUAGUGAAAGUAGAAACAAACAGUGGAGAACCAGACACUGAAGAAGUCACAACCACACCAGACAUUGAUGCUUUUCUUGAUUUGUGGAAGAACUCUCCAGAGCCAAGACCUCAACGAAUCAAGAAAAGGAAGUUCAAGGGUGCCAAAGCUGUGAAAGUGACUGUUUCUGAUGCUUGUCCAAUGUAUUAUUUAUGGGAACGUCUGAGAGGCAUGUUGCGUGACAAGGAUAUCAACUUCUGGGUUCUGAAAAAAGUUGGUUUAUCAUCUAUUAAACUAGUCAAAUUGAUUUGCAAAGCAUGUAACUUGCAAGUGUGGGUAGACAACGAAACAACUUUGUGCAUCAAGCGACAGCCCGAGAGUCGUAACCCAACAGCUAUAGACCUGGAAAACCUUCUAUUAAACAUGGCUUACACAAAGUAUAAAAGAAAAAUGAUCACUUCUAGACAACCAACAGACCAUUCUCCUCAGCCACUUGCUAUGUAACUAACAACUAAGAUGUUUUGUUAACAAAGCUAGAGUUCUCCAGAACCAGAUUCAGUAAUAUUCAUUAUCCCAGUUCAUUCAUCCAUGUAAAUAGAUUUGUACAGUUUAUUUAUACAGUUAUAUUGCUGGUUUUUGCACCAGCUUUAUUUCAUGUUUGUAAUAUCUGUGUCUUCAUUAAAUUUCUAUAAGCUGUGUAAUAUGUUAAUCACAACCAUUCAAAAUAAGAUUAAAGAGGAUUUUCUCCAACA